GUUCUCUGUACCCAAGCCCAACCAAAUCAAUCCCAGCCUACCUUACUUCAUUCAUCUAGACUCUGAAUCCUAGUCAUCAUCGUUUCCGCACCUCUCAAAUCAUGCCUCGUUUUCUUGUGUCACCAUCACCCGACAACUCAGCUUUUUCGCUUUGUGUAACACUUCAAUAGAAGACGUUGUGUGCCAUGUACGCGAACCCGAAGAAGCUUCUCGGCAGCCGGGAGCUUUUCAGCGGUGAAUAACAUCCUGCUGUCCACAACAUCACCCUCGUGUUGUUCCUGCAGCGUACCUGACAUGCUUGUCUUUCUAUUUCCGCCAUCGCUUGCCUGCAUCGGAGUGGGUGAGGUGGCCCUCGCAGCUCGCCUUUGUCUUGAGACGAGCCCAAGAUGCCACCCCCAGCGGGAGGCUUACAACUUUUUAAUUUCUUUCCGUUGGACAUACACUACAAUCAAACACUUCCUGGGCAGGUGGGAGACUCGAGAGUGUGACUCUAUGAGCCACUGCUCCCGAGCGUUGCCACCGGAUGAAGACUGCGUAGAGACAAGUCACUUUACCCGUCGCUCCAGAGCAUCUUGCAUUCACCCAAAGCUGCAGCGGAUACGCGCGCAAAAUUCAAGACACUCGUUUUCAGGUCUUUUCACUCGCUACAGGUCAUAGUACGUACGCCCGUUUAGAAUCCGGUAUUGUACCCUCAAGCCGAUCACCCGGCGUUUACCUCGUCGGCAAGUUGCAACCCACUCAGCUUCCACACAUAUACAUAUCUCGCCUUGUGCUCGUCCGGGAACAUCCAGUGUCUUUUUUCCCUCGAGGGUAUCAGGCCACCUUGGACAUCUUUUGGUAGAAUCACUCCAGCUUUACUGGUCCGUGAUGGACAUCUUGUUUUCUGCUUAUGGCUCUGGGCCACUCCCCAAGGCAGCCUUGGAGGAGGUUGAGCGCCGGACUGAGGAAUUGCUCAAGUCUGACACGUUCAAGCAUCUGGGGAAAAAGUCCAAGCUGGACCAGCUACAAGAAACCUACCCUCCCUCCGUGCCAUAUUCUGCUACCUCCCAAGGAAGCCUCCCAUCUCUCCAACUCCCGCGCUUCGACUCACCGCCUACGGACCGCAGUACCCCGAUGCUAAGCCCAGAAACCAAGGGUGUUACACUACAAUCACUUUCUAUCACUAUCCCACGAUCCCCCGAAAGCCACUCACCGUGCCCCGGCACUGGCGAGGAAGACAGUGGAUCAGAAACACCGACGGCAAAUCUUGUAUCUCCGCACAAGCAGGUCAAGUUUCUGUCUCCGGGCAACGACGAGGAAGCCAUGUCAGAUCAGUCGUCAAUCUGCCAAUCUCCCAGCUGGGAGACCUACGGCCAGCGGAAGAGGGAGAAGAAGCUCGAAGCCGAACGCCGGAAAAAGGAAAAGCUGCUAGCGGAGAAGGAAGCGAAGGCGUCGAAGAAACGUACCACUGCAAGACUCAGCAAACUCCCGCCGUCCGUUAGUACGCUGAACACCGGGGCACGAACAACUGGCUUUAUCAGUCCAGAGCGCUCCAUGUCUGAUCCGUCUCUGAUCACACAGCAUUCACUGCUGCAUCUCCAAACAGUCCAACGACCUGAGGGCAGCGGAAAGGCGGCGUCUACCGAUAAUCUUCAACCAAGCAGGUGUCACUUCCUCGCCUCCAGCGAUAUUGUGAACGGAGACAAUGCUGUUCGGCCCAAGACGGCCACUCAAAUCGCCAUACACAAUACUCCCGGAGAUUCGCACUUGGAACUGCGGAGAUCUAUUUCGGAGGGGCCUCUUCCGAAUGUUGCAGCCAUUCCAUCGUCACUUUCACUACAUCAGGAUGGCCGGGUUCCAAGAGAUAUGUGUCCGCCUUCAGCCUCUAGAACACCAAUGCUAAGACAUAUGUCUCCGUCCGCCCAUACGAGAAGCAACAGCCUACCUCAGACGGCGGCUUCGCAGUCCAGAGGCCGCGAUGGGCAUAAAAUAAAUCUGACAUCGGCAGGGCUGGCUGAUGAGGAAGCGUUGGCGAACUCCAAGCCACAACCUUCAUCAAGGAGUAGCUCAAGUAACCCUAGACAUUCGCGACGCUCCUCAUUCACCCAAGACGCCAAAGCGGCAGCCAUGAAACUCAUUGGCAGAAGAGGCACAUCUGCGACACGGAGCGACAACACGAUAGACACCCAACCGUCAGGCAUCGAGGCCGACUACUUUGGCAAUGCAAACCAUCCCCCCGCCUCAGGCUCAAGUCCCAUAGAAUCACAUGAAACUGCGACCCGCAUUCCUCCCUCUACAUCUCACAGCACUGGAAGUUCUGGGGGCUUCUUGAUGACCUCUGCUAGCCAGAGUAAAAGAUCCCGAAGUCUCAAAGAUGCGGCGAAGGCAGCACUGAGCAUUGGGAAAAGACCUCAGCUCCAAACAAGCGCAACGACACACAUAGCAGGCCCGCCAUAUUUGUCAUUUCGAGACCGUAAGCAGUCAAAGGUGUCCAUGUCUCAGGAAGUGGGCAGUCCGAGUGUUCAGGAUGAGCCACCCAUCCUGACAUCAGUAACCUCUGUAUCUCAGCCUGGGGCACCUGGUUCUGUGGCCAGUAACGGAACAACAAGUCAAACAGGAAGCCGCGCUUCCGAAGGCUCGUCGACUUCAACUUGCUCCACCUUCGAAGACGGAUCCUCUCUUGUAUCGCAAACAAUCACCCCGGACACAUCCAGGCCUCAGUCUUCUGGGGGUGAUUCUGCAUUGGAGAACAUUUUGACUCAAAAAGAUCCCAAUUUCCAAGGGACCGACAACACACAGUCUGCAAGGUCGAGUAAAUCGACUACGCCUCGUCCUGGGAAUCCAGAAAAUUCUGGAAUAAGUUCAGGUGGUGAUGAUGACUGGUGGAACAAAGAGGCCAUGCCAGUCGAUCAAGAUAAUGAUGCACAGUCUUUCAUGACGUCUCGCUCAACUUUUGAUGACACGGAUGAACCUUCGCCAAACUCGUCGAACAAUACAGCUGAGUUACCACUCAGGAACAGGACUGAGGGCUUGGAGUCUCAACUAGGCCUGGCAAGAAAACUACAAUCGGCAGACCCAUCUGGUUCACCAACCUACCCUACCCCGUUGCCGGGAUCCUCUGUUGCACCUGCCGUUGUGAUACCGCCUCGAUCCAUGAAACGGAAUCUUUCCAUUUCUGAUUCAGGCCACACAUCUCCGUACACUGAGAGAAACACAGAAACUGCCCCAGCUCACUAUGGUCCCGUUGAAGAUGUUGCCACCAGACCUUUGAAGCGUGAGGGCGCAAAUCGAAAGCAAAAAAGGGAGUUGAGGACUCGGGAGUAUGGGAGCAACCAGUCUGCCUGGCACGGAAACGAGCACUCUGCCGAACCACAUGCUUUGUAUAUGUCGACAGAUUUACCCAGCCCACCCCUCCCCCCUAGAUCAGGGACCCGAAAAAGCAAACCUGUUAUGGCUGCUGAGUUUCAAAUACCAUCGAGCCCUUACUCAGAGGACUUCCCUGGGGACGAUAGUGUUUUUGGUCCCAGCUCUCAUGUGGAGCCAUCACCUCACCCAAGCACCAGGUUUACACAUCAUAGCGCCGCCAGACCAUCAUCGCAACCUCGAACACACUCUGCUCCAAUUCUGUCUCCUGCGCCUAUCUCAGCGCUGAGACCGCAUACUCCAUCGCCGCUUACUUCCCAGGGCGCACAAAAUUCAGGUGGCGCUUCUAAACCUGGACUGGUAUCUAUCCUGAAGCCACCAAAGCACUCAGAGAUAUCAUUGUCUGCACCGACAUCGCCAGGCCAGCCCCCCACCCUGUCCGCACUGCCGAGACACAUGCAACUGAAACCCGGCACCUCCAGUCGUACGCCGAGUACCGUCACAGAGUCACGGAUGGCUCCCAUAGCCAAAAUGUUUGUCGAGUGCUGCAGCUGCAAGUUUUACCACGACAUGCCAUCCAAAAUCUACGAAUGCAUGGCGAAACCGGACGCGGUGGUCGAGGACAGAAACCUGGGGAUAUCGGGAGCGAUUACCACCGCAGUGAAAUGCCCAUGGUGCCAACAUAGUAUGAGCACCGGUUGCUGCGCGGGUUAUGCUGCUGUUGUCUACCUCAAGGAGAAGUUGCACUAGAGGGUUAGUCGGUAUGUUUUGCAUUUUUUGAGAGCGCCAUAAGGGGCACAUAAAAUGGAUUUCCUUGCUUGCGAGCUUGAGUUUACUGUAGCAUGUUUUUUUCAGUAUUGUCCGCAUAAGAUGGCGAAGAAAAUGGAGGGAAAAGCCUGUCGUUUUCGCGAUUCCAUGUCUUACCUAGGUAGCUCAUGAAUAAAGUGUGUUCUCCGUUACGAUACUUUCCGG